GCUUGCUCUUCCCAUUUUUUGGACGACGCCAUCUGGCUCGCUGCUCUGAUAUCGAUCGCCGGCUCCUCCAUUGGCGCAGACAUUUGUAGCAGAAUCGCAUUCUAUGCAAUAGCUUGAGUUAUGGGUUUUGGAGCUCUUAGAAACAUUUUUCGACCUCUCUCAAGAACCCUAAUUUCACGACUCCCUACCACUGGUCCUGCACCACUUCCUCCCGCUUUCACAUCUCCGAAAUCCCUUUUUCUCGGUGGAUCAGCUUUUUCCAGACAACCUCAAUGGCUUCCUCUUUCCAAUCAUUUACAUAGCUUGACCGACACUCGCUUCCCUAAAAGACGUCCUUCCCUCAAACCCCGCCGAAAGAGGGCCGGCAUGAGGCCUCCAGGGCCGUAUGCUUGGGUUCAGUAUGUACCGGGCGAACCAAUUCUUCCGAACAGACCUAAUGAAGGGAGUGUGAAAAGAAGGAAGGAGAAAAAACGAAUGAGACAGCACCGUGCCUUUAUAUUGGCUGAAAGAAAGAAAAGGAAAGCUCAGCUGCAAGAGGCUAAACGGAGGAAAAGUAUUAAAAGAGUAGAGCGUAAAAUGGCAGCUGUUGCAAGGGAAAGAGCAUGGGCAGAGAGACUGGCAGAGUUGAAACGAAUUGAAGAGGAGAAGCAAGCAUCGACGGCUUGAGUAGUUUGGAAUUUAACUGCAUACGGGGAAUGCUGGUUUAGGUUGAUCUGUAUUAGUUCUCAAUCUAUACAUUCUUGAUCUUCAAUGUUAUUCCAUGGUGUUUGCUAAUCGGUUGAUCAUGCACCUGUUUACAAUGCUUUUGUUUUAACAUGGAAACGUUGAAUUCCUCUUUGCUCUAUUUGAAACACUCCCCCCUUAUAGGGAAAAAUUUGUCAUAAGCCAUCCACUUGCAACGCCAGUAAAGGAAUGGGCUUUAUUGUCGCCCUUUUUGUUGCAAAA